AUGCAAGAGAUAUGCAACACCACGCUGCCUCUCGACAGUAACCCACUAGUGCGUAAGAUAAAAUGCGAAGAGUUCCCCGUGAGGGCAAAGCCUACGAGACUUGGUAUGGGGGUGCGCGAUGAGAUGGACGAGGAGUUCGCAGUCAAGGCGAGAAACACGCCGCCGAUGGGACCCGCGCCGCAAGAGCACCGCAUGGAGCACGGGGGCAACGGCUUCUGGCUGGCCGCGGUCACGGCCGCUGGAGCCCCCCACCCGAUGCUGGAGACGUGCACGGAAACCGGAUUUAUCAAUAGCCAGCCCUCCAUGGCGGAGUUCAUGACGGCUCUUCCGCAGCUGGGAGGGGGGGAACUCAGUCCGCAACAUACUCCACCCGGGUACGGGCCAGAUUUGCCUUCGCCCGGCGGUGGCCUCAACGUACCCGAGUAUCCGUGGAUGAAAGAGAAGAAAACUACGCGGAAGAGUAGUCAACAAGGUAAGCUAUCUUGGAUUAGGCAUAAUGGCGCAACAGUUGUCGAUAUAUCUCCACCGUUUCGUGAGCCCCAGAACUAG